UACGACCCGAAUAAGCGACGUAAGCUGUCUUCGGGCCUUGCUCAAUCUGCUUCGUUGCCAGAUUCCCAAGUUCCCCCAGCCCCAGAGCUUGUCGGGGGACAACGAGAUACCAUUUCUCAAUCCAUAGGCCUGGCGGCACGUAACGACCAAGAAUCCACGCUAGAUCCAAAAAGCCGGUCAUUCGUGAAUGGCGCCCAGCAAGGCAGAUUCCUACCACGAAAGGCCCGUGCGACCAGCCAGCGAACAGUAGAGGUGUGCCUGUUCAAUGACUCAAAAUGGGACCGCCAUCUCUUGCCCCGCUACCAUGUGAUUGACGAGAAUGAGGAGCUGUGA